CUGUCUGUAAUUUUGAUUUUUCCCUCCAAACCCUAACAAAAGCCCUCCAAUCAAAACCUUCCAAAUUCCAAUUCAAUUUCUCUGCUUAUAUCAUGUCUUCCCCAACACAACUAAAGCAACCAAAUUUCAGUCUGUUUGGGUAAUGAAAGAGUGAUUUGUUCUCUCAAAGAUAGAGUGCUUGACCAACCCCUUUGGGCUAUGGCUGUUUCUCACACUGAGGCUCAGACCUCUGAUUUUCCGUCUCAUCCAUCUGGAAAUAAACUCAAAUGUGUCGAUGAAGAUGAGGAGCAGCAGCCACAGUUCCAGGACACUGUGCCCUUUGAAGAUACUUUUGUGCUCGAUAGCCAAUCCAUGGAGGAAACCCAGUUACUGGAUCAUUCGGAUUUUGGUGACGAGACAGGGACUGGUAUGCAUGAGUACGAGGAAGAAGUGGUGCUUGACAGUGAGGACGAGGAAGUAAAUGGAAGUAGAAUAUUGAGUGUUAAAGCCCAUGUCUUGUCUAAUCAAAAGCUCAGUCUUCAUCGUCUGCAAUGCGGUCCAGGAGGAAAGGAUGAGGGAUCUCCGCCGCUCACAAGGUUAAAUUACAUUGGCACUCAGGAACCUGGGGGGGAGUCAUCCCAAGCCAAUGCACUUGAUUUUGUGGAUCAUUUUGUGUCGUUGAAUGACGAUCUGGGUGGCUCUCCGGAAAUUGAUCACAGGAAAACCAUCAAGGAGAAAUCCCCUCCUGUCUCAAGGACAAAGGGGUCUCAAAGGUUGGCUAGGAUGAUUAAACUUGAGUCUCAAAUUGAAAGGGCAAAAACCUUUGAAUGGGUUGAUCCUCCUGAGGAGCAUGGAGGGGUGUAUCUCUUUUAUAGAUUUUUGAAAAGAAAAAGAAAACUUUGUCCAUGCAAGCAAAGCCUCCGUAAGGAAAUAAUGGAAUCUGAUGAGAAGACUGAAAAUGAAAUUGUUAAUGAUUCGGAAGAACAGUUAGAUACAAAAUCGACAGGACUGCAGUCGGAAGCUAGUGCCAUAGGAACAGAUAGAGUUGACAUGUUUGAUGUUGGCUUUAACACUCAAAUUGCUGCUGAAGCUAUGGAGGCCUUAGCAUAUGGGGAUCAUCUUGACUGCAAUACUGCUGAUGCUUAUCAAGGUAUGGAGAACACUGCAGAUGUUGUUUCAGGAGGUGCUACAAAGAAUACAGCACUUUUGGAACAUCCUUCUCUUCCAAAUAGUGAUUUUCCGAAGAUAGGAGCCAUUAACAUGAAUGCAAAGCGAAGAAAGCGUUCCACUAGAACAGUAAAGAGAAGAUUUGCUUCAUCUCAAAAGCAAUCUCAGAGUCGGGAGUUAGAUCCUGAUUUGGCAGCACAAACAACAGUGAAAAGAAGCAGAUUCUUUUCUGAAUACUGUAGUAAUUCUGCUGAUGCCAACGGAAAUUUGUGUAGACAGUCUCCUAAACCUACCAAGAAUAGAAAGCUAGAGAGAGCUACUGGAGAGUCCAACCUUAGAGUGUUGGAGAACAUUCUAAGUUCACCCAUAUCAGCUGGGCGCAGCUUGCUUGGUAAAGGCCAGUCUCAAGGGCAUUGUAAGAAUUAUUCUUCUGUUUCCAGCCAGACUAGGCAGUCAAAGUCAGGGGGUAAGUUACUAGGGACUGAAGAUGGACCCAACAAUCCAGGAGAAAGGAUGAACAAUGUUAUGGAGGAUGGUAUUAUUAAAUACAGAAGAAAGAAGAGAUGUUUAAAUGCUCAUCCAUCUGAAACAAUCAGAGGGGUUGAGGGUGGAUCUAACAAGCCAGUAGAAAGGACGAACAAUGUUAAGAAGGAUGAUAUUAUUACCUACAGGAGAAAGAAGAGAAUCAGCGCCAAAGAAAAUUGUCCCAAAUUAUGUGUUUCGUCUGAAGGAGAUAGAGACAUAAAAGCCAGUAGUUUAAUCUUAGAUCUAUGGGGCCAUCCCAAAGGGAAAAGAACACGUCUCAAUGCCCAGGGCAAUUCUCGCAGAACUACUGUCUUCUUUACUCCUUCAAUAGUUGAUGGAAAGGACAGCUGUUCCCCUUGUGAUGAAAUGCCAGAAAGCUGCAACAAUAUGAAGGGGAAGGCACAAUCAUUAUUGUUAUAUUGUUGCCCACCUCAGGAUUCUUCGAAUAAAGAUUCUGACAGAACCUUGCUGGCAUUGCAAUCUGGUAAGCUAGAUAGCACAGAUCCUACAUCGCUGGUUGAUGUAAAAAGCCAAAUAUCAGUCGUAUCAUCUGGUUCAGAACACAUUGCUCCAUCCAACUCUACCACUGGCAUAAACGUGCGAUCAUCAAAAUAUGUGUCUCAUGAUUAUCACAGAAAGCCAUUCAACAAAAACUUGCCCAAAUCAUCCCUUUUGAAAGAGCUUAUUGGACUAGGUAUCCCUGAGUCAAUAAUGGAUUUCACGUGGAAAGAUUUGAGAAGGCGAAGAAAUAUGGCAUAUGUUCAAGUCCUGUUUAGCCAGCACUUGGAUGAUGAUAUCAUUAAGCAACAGAAAAAGGUCAUUGCACGACUGGGUCUAUCCAUUGCAUCAUGUUCUAUUGAUGCAACACACUUUGUGGCAGAUCAAUUUGCGCGUACAAGGAAUAUGUUGGAAUUCAUUGCUCUCGGUAAACCAGUGGUAACACAUUUGUGGCUUGAGAGUUGUGGGCAAGCAAACUGUUUGAUUAGUGAGAAAAGCUACAUUCUGAGGGAUGCCAAAAAGGAAAAGGAAAUUGGCUUUAGCAUGCUUGUUUCACUGGAUUGCGCAAAACGGUGUCCGCUUCUAAAGGGUAGAAAAGUCUUCAUCACGCCAAACAUAAAACCUGAUAGAGAAAUGAUGAUUAGCUUGGUGAAGGCAGUUCAAGGCCAGCCAGUGGAGAAGGUUCAGAUACCUGCAGCAAAGGAUAAAGAGAGUUUGGAGGAUCUUUUGAUUCUUUCUUGUGAAGAAGAUCGUGCGAUCUGUCUGCCUUUACUUGAGAAAGGAGCGGCAGUUUACAGUUCAGAACUCGUGCUAAAUGGCAUAGUUAUUCAGAGACUGGAAUACAAGAGACAUCGGCUCUUCACAGCUCUUGGCAAGAGGAAUCGCCCAUAGGCCUUAAGCCUUGGGCCCUUUCCGCAUAACCAAUAAAACUCUGUAAAAUCAUGUAAUUAGUGUUGUUUUUAUCAUAUCGGUUCGGAUUA